AAUUCUAGGCAGAAAGCAGCAAUCAGAUCGUGAGAUAGUUGUAAAAGAACGUUUUUCACAUUUCAGUGGAAGGAUAAGCCAUUACAGUAGGCACAUGAUCGACGACGAGAAACUAUUUCCAGCAUGAUCUGCUGCAGAAAUUGUGCAAAGACAGCAGUAACUCUAACAGUACUGGCUCCUCUUCUUACUCUGGUUGUUUUGGGAGUGAGCCAUGACAAAAUUGGUCUAAGCCAGAACAUCAGGCAGGAAGAGGGAAAACCAAUUCAGCCGAUUGCAAACCAUGUUAAAAAGCAGAGUAAUUUGAUAACAGAUAGUCAUGGGAGUCUGUUGUUUGAUCCCCCUCUACUGGACUUUGGGGACUGUGCUGUUAGUGUGGUGUGGAGACAAAAAGUGAACAUCAAGAACAACAGGAUUCACGAAAAGCCCAUCAACAUACUUUCGAUCUCUGGUUCAUCACUCCACUUUCACUGUUCAUUCGUGGAAGAUAAGGUACUUGAAUCAUCAGCAAAUACUUCAUUUGAAGUAGUUUUUCUUAGUCGAGAAGAGGGGUAUGUGGAAGACACCUUGUACAUUCACACCACUAGGGGUUCAUUCCCUUACAGGAUACAAGCCCGCGGUCUGCCCAAUCCUUUUCUUGCCAAGCCGUUUGUGAACGUGCGGAUUCCAGUCAACACCACCUUUUCCCCGUUGAUUCAUCUCUACAACCCCUUUGCAUCCGCAUUACAGGUGCUGGAAAUGUUUGGCAGUAGCUGCGACAUCCACCUGGAAAUGCCGAUGGGAGGAGAGCGCGAGAAUGAAUCGCUCGACUGGUGGCUCAUCCCACCGCAUCAAAGCAAAGCCAUCGCCAAAGUCAACUUUCUGGCCAUGAGAGCCGUCAAUAUCACUGCUUUCGUAAGGAUACGAACCAACUAUACAGCCCAUCCUCACGGCUCACUGAUGUUACCGAUCAGUCUAGAAGUGACUAGUCAGCCGUUACUUUUUUGUCCUCAGCAGUACCUUGACUUUGGAGUUGUCGACGCCAACGAUUCUCCCAAAACCCUUAAACUUUUUGUGAUAAAUUCUGGCAAUCGGCCAAUAACUGUUCAGACGGUGACGGCCAUGCCGCUAAGCGAAGGAUUGUCGAUCGAAUUCAAUCCGGUGAAGGUGCCGCCAUCUCUGACAACACCUACUCUGGUUGCUCUAGUUACCUUUCAUCCUUCUAGUGCGAGUCAACUGAGAACGACCAGUGGCCGCAUAGUGGUCCAGUCGAAGAGUGGUCAGUACAAAGCUACAGUCGGCUAUCAGAUUACGGUGGCGGCCAGUUACUUAAGGUACAAUCGCUCGUCGACUCAAUUUCUGGCCAGUCAACACCUCCAGUUGCCGUCGUGUCAGCCACUUAGCGUCGAUAAUGAAUUCGCGCUGCCUGUAGCAGUUCUCAGUGCUUCACUUUCUGUACAAGAGUACAUCGAAGCUCGAAACUUUAGCCAGACAGUUUUAAGGACACGGGAGCAAGGAUCGCUGCUACAACUCUGUUUGGUGAAAAUGCCUCCUCUUCUUGGGACGCCAUUUGUGGCUAAUCUUCAUUUAAAAACAAACGCCUCUGCUGGACUGGACAUCCCCGUGAGCGUCUUUUCCGGCAAAGUCGUCCCCAUCUGGAGAAGUGAACAAGAAGAAGAUGAUCCCGAAUCAAAAGGGAACAAUGCCACGAACCGUUUUAUUGGUUGGCUAACGGAAGGCUCCAGCAAAGAAAUUCACUUGGCUCUGUGGAAUCCCAAUCCCGUGGGAGUUUCCCUGCAGGGCUGGGGGACUAAUUGCAGCAACGCCGUCCUGACGUACCUGGGUAGCGAAAGCGGAACACCGUCGCAUUUUAAGAAUCGCUUUCAUUACAGCAAUUUGACAAUGGCCACAACUGUUAGACCGGGAAGCUUUGCGGUUUUUCAAUUGCAGAUCCUGAUGCAAUUGGACGAGGCGCGUGAGGGAGACUUUUCUUCGGCGUUGAUUGUUCAUGUGCGCACCGUUCUGGAAACAGUAGCAAUUACGCUUCGUUACCGAACAGUUUCUGGAAGCAUCAGGACCAUCCCUGCUCCGCUUCCUUGGAAAGCCAAUUUUUUAGAUCCAUACUUGACUACCGAGGUCCGCCUCAAUUCGACGCUUAACGAAUCUGUGACGGUGGUGGGCUUCCAAGCUCCAGCGCCAUUUCAGCACAAGCUGAGUUUUAACCUUUACAAUGGGAACGCGUCGUCCAUCAUCCACGCUAUGCAGUCGGCCGGUGUCGCUCGGCUGGCUUACCCGCUCGACUGGCAUUGUGCUGCGUCGCCCCUCAGCAAACUCGUCAACGAUUGGCAGCUAGGCCAACAACGAUGGUGGAACGCGUUGGGGGACCUCGAUCUGACCACAGCGCUCUAUCGCUGCUACGAAUCCCUCAGUCAGUCUAUCUGGAAUCAGGUAGCAUCAGUGAAACUCGUCACCAAAGAGAUCGGCUUUACGGAGAUGCCGCUGCGCGUCGACGUCAACUGGCCGCGGUUGGCUACCAAGCGCCGUCUCCAUUUUCCACUGACGGAAAUGGGCCGCAGCAGUCGGAUGGAUCUGAAGUUGGCCAACCCGACGGCCAGCGUUGUGUUGGCGCAAAUUCUCUGGCUGGAAGACGCCCAGGUGGAGAUGAAGGAGUUGGUGGCCAAACUGCCAGCCCACUUGACGGAAGGCAUCGAAUUGCCUUCGCUCGGUGGCCUCAAGAAGAAUAAACAACAUUUGAAGCGGUCGGCUUUCAUGCUGACGGAGGCGGAGGGCGACGAACACGAAUCGCAGGAUAGCGUUAUGGUCUAUCUGACGCCCGGCUCCCAAGCACAAUUGAGCGUGACUUUCAGUCCCACCACAGAUCUAAAAUAUCGUUCGUUGCUCGUCAUCAAGAACAACGUGACGGGGUUGGAACUCGUAAGUCUCUCGGGCCAAGGACAAUCGGCCAAGUUCUUGUUGGCUAACCGCAAGCCCGGCUCGUCUCAACCGCUGCUUUUCGAUAUCGGCGAACAGCAUUUGAAGAACUGCGAGGCUGGCCCUAACGGCGGUGCAUGGCAGAGUCGUUUCCAGUAUCUCUUGCCCAGCGUGACAGUCAAGCGGACAUUUACGGCCCGCAACCGUGGUCCCUUUCCCAUCACCAUCACGGGAUUCGACAUCAAUCAAUCGCCUUGUGAGGGCUACGGCUUCCGUGUUCUUCAGUGUCAACCCCUGACACUUUUGCCCAACCAGAGCCUUUCAAUGGAGGUGGCUUUCACGCCGGAUUUCACUCAGACCCGCGUUGUGCGAACGCUCCGACUCCAUUCGACCGUCGGUGGCCAGGAGACGCCACUCAAUUACACGCUGAUGGCCACCUUGCCCACUCAUAUGCUUGUGCUCUGCGCGGCCGUCCUCCCUCGUCCCAACUGGGAACUCUUCUUUUAUUAUGGCUCCGUCGCAGUCUCCGUCUUUCUACUCCUCUGCGUCGUCACGGCCGCCACGGUAGAAGCUGACCGCAUCCUCCGAUCCAGCGUCGUGUCUAUGGUGACUGUUGUUGCCGCCCAUGCCGCUUCUCGGGAGGGCAGCGAUUUAGAGUAUUCGCCAUCAGCUGGCCAUUUGCUUGAUCUCAGGGCUGUCGGGAAAGAGGCAUCAACCCAAUUGUCCUCUCCACCGGUGCCUGCUCCGACGUCUGUCGUCCCUUCUCCAGUAGAGGUUAGCACCAAAAGUACAAGUGGGCGUGGUAAGAAGAACAAGUCUAAGAAUAAAUCGCGAUCGGCGUUGCAGUCGGUCGCUCCAUUGGCGACCGUCAAAUCUCCUCCUCUUGCCCCUUGGACUCCACCCGCUCCGAAACGUUCAGCUACACCGUCGCCGACUAUAAGCAAUUCCUCGCAGCGGAGCCAAACGCCCCCACCGUCUGCAAACGUGCCUCCCCCGCCCCCCACACUGCCAGCGCCGACUCUCAAAGUCGUCACUACCAAGGAGGAGACACGUUUGUUCAAACCCAAACCAAAUAAUAAGAAGACCAAAUCCAAGUCGUCUGCUUCCGUUCACGAAGAAACGAAAGCAACUGCUAAGGCUGUUGCGAAUGCUGCUUCGCCCGCUACUUCUUCCCCCAUUGCCACUGCAGCCCCUUCCAUCCUAGCUGUUGCGUCACAACAAGCUUCAAAUGCCCAAGAAAUAAAAACAGCCGAUGAUGAGCCGAGUGGAAAACGCGGACGGAGUUCUUCGGUUCCUUCAAACAACCGCAACAAAACGGUCACGCCGAACGUUCAUAAAUCGAAAAAUCCUCCAGCGCCGCCCAAGAGCUCUAAUAAACCGCCAGUGGCUGCCGUGGCAACAUCAACCAACGUUACCAAUGUAGAGGCUUCUAAGAAAGUGACUGAAAUUGCGGCAACAACAGUCAUCACCAGUACAACAACAACCCCUGUGGCGUCUGUUUGGCAACCACGAACGCACAAUAAACCUUUAGUUAAAACCCCUGUCACUCCUUUACUACAGCAGACAACCAACCGUCCCCAACCACCUGUAGGAAAAAUCAUACCUGAAGUCCGACGCGUCCCAGAAGAGCACACGGUGUUGCCCAAACCGAUUGGAUAUCGACAUCCCAGAGAGAAAGGCUCGCCACCGCCAUCGUCACCAUCUUCGUCAACAUGGAACACGGACAGUCAACCGUGGUACAAUCUGUCGUCGUCCACCAGCCAAGCAUCGGCCCAGUCUGGCGCUUGGUGGCCCGACGGCCGCAGUAGAUCUCCGCACGAUCGAAACCAACAUGAACAGCAACUAGAAUCGCGCGAUUGGUUGGGAUUGCCGCGACUGACUUGCGAUUAUACAGAAUCGACCAACAUUGGCAGUUCCAUGUGGCCUGCCAGUAGUUCGUAUUCAUCUGCGACGGCGCCUGACGUAUGGCCAGAAGUCCAAGCAAGUCCCCCGGCUUCAUUGUUACAAACGCUAAACAAUACGAAUCCAAUGAAUCGCGUUUUUUCACCGUGGUCGGUUCCUCAUUGGUUCGAAGUGUCGAGACAACAACAGCGGCGGAAUCAAGAGCCUUUGCUUCACAACGGUUCGCCAAACAUGGCUAUGACCAACCCGCAACAGACGCCGAAUCUUGGACUUGUAAACAACAAUGGUUUGUGGGAUUCGACGAUAACACAUAACAACAAUGCACCCAGCAAUGAGUCGUGGCCGUCAUACUCCCAGUUUUAAUUUGAUACGUUCACCUGACUCUUCUGGUGCAAAGUACCCAGCUUAACUGUUGCAAAAAUUUAUUGUUUUUUUUUUCUUACGCGUCCCGUUUUAAUGUAGUAGAAAUUGACACAUCCUGAAAGCAGCAUGGAAUAUGAAUACGUUAUACCUCUCUAUGAGAUGCGUUUCCCCUAGACCACGAUGACGACGAGACAAAGAGCCAAGAUUCGGAAUUUGUCGCAAGGUCCUCUUAAUGUUGAAAAGCACAUACACACACAGACGCUACACGUUGCAUUGAUGUUGAUGCCAUAAAACACAUGCCAGGAAACGAAAACGGAGAGUGUAGGUUUCCGUUUUAAGAAAAUGGACACUAUAGCUCGGUUGACGUUCCCGCUGCUGAUUAUAAUGAGCCUCCCUAGAGAAUUGUCUCUAACCCCUCAUAAAACAAGACACUUGAAUUGAAAAUACAAUAAAGUGGAUAAAUC